AUGGUGGCCUGCUCUGCUGGGAAUGAUGGGCCUUAUCCCUGUUCUGUUGUGAAUGUUACUCCUUGGAUUCGGACUGUUGCUGCCACCACCAUUGAUCGUGAUUUUGAAUCAGAUGUUGCGCUAGUUGGAAAUAAAGUGAUCAAGGGUGAAGGCAUAAAUUUUGCUGAUAUCAAUAAGUCUUAUGUAUAUCCAUUAAUAUAUGGCAAAUCUGCCAAGAGACGAGUUCUAAACACUUUGUAG